UUGACUGAAGCAGAAGAAUCAAGGAAUGAAGAUCUAGACUUCAAAAAGAAAAAUCAAGAAAGAGUAAAGAAUAAAAGGAAUAUAAAAAAUGGAGUAAAGAGAGUCUACAAAGAGUCAUAUUGUGCUUCUCCUGGUAAUGAAGCUUUGAGAAAACUUCAAGUCAUUGAUACUUUUUUACCAGCAGCCAUCGAUUAUGUUACUUCGCUUUUUUCUCUUUUCACAUUAAUUUUGAUUGUUGUUGUAUAGUGGUAAAUGCAAUAAAAUAGCUCUCCAGAAUGGGUCAAGCUUUCAAAGGUCCAUAAUAAUAAAGGCUGCCUUUUAUUAGAGAGUGAAGAGGUUUGGACCUCUGAUAAGAAUCUGUAUUGCACUCUCUUCCCUGUAUGUGAUUUUUCUUUGGCUCUUUGGUAAAGGUAACCUGCGUACAGACGAUAACUAAACUCUGAUUAGUACCGUCUGCGAAGCAGCGCAGAGAUCCUUGUUCUGGACCCCCAACCGACUCAACGAAUUACCGGAAGUGCGUUUCGAAUUUCCCUUCAACCUAUUUGGCUAUUAUUAGUCUUGCGACAAACAAAACAAAGGUCUUUUUUAACUGGCCAAUCGUGGUGCGUACUCAAAUCUGGGUACACAACUGGAAGUCCAGAACAAGGAUUUCGGCGCUGUUUCGCAGACGGAGUUAACCAGAGUUUAAUUUCGUCUGCGCGCAGGCUAUGGUAAAGGGUCUUAUUGAUCAAUCAUUUAUCUCAUCUAGUUUGUAAUUUGAGAUGAACAGUAAUAUCUCUUUUUGGCAAGGGGAGAUAUGUACAUUAGUUGAAUUAUUUCCAAUAUUAAACGAAACAAAUAAAUUAUUAUUAUGGUUCUCAUAAAGGAAAAAAUACCAAACAACCACUUCACUUUUUAAGCCCAAUGUGUAAAAUGUACUCAAAAUCAGUUUAUUAUUUUAAUGACUUUACAUUGAGCUGAAUUUGGAAGAUUUUUUUCUUGGCUAAGACCCACUUAUAUUGGUUCAGUGAUUAUUUAUUAUUCUUGUUAACCGUAUAUAAAUACAGUAUAAAUUCUUGAUCAGUUGGGCAACAGUUAGGCAACAAUUAUUCCAACAAACAUGAAAAAGGUUUCACUUUUGGAGACAUAAUCAGUUGGCUGGUGAAAGAGGAGGAUAUCAGGAAACCAAACUCAAGAACACAAUCAAACAAAGUGAAGUGUCGCACUGCAUGUUCAUACUAUCAAAAACCUUGAUAAAGAACUUAGCUGUUGAUCAUUGGCAGUCGCAAUUGUCAACCAUUUGCAUCUCAUGAAUUAAUUUCUUUAUAGUAAAAAGUAAGGUAAAAUGAAGCCAACUCAAGCAUUACAGAUGGCUUGAAUUACUUCGAUGGUCUAACAUACUAAGACGGGUUGACACACUUCAGUUUCACAAAUGAGUCGGUGACAGUUAAAAAUGGCAGGUUAGGCCUGCUCUUGUUCAGAGAUUGAGCGACUGCGGAAGAUGGUUUUUCAUACGCUCCAUGCACCAGAGUAAGACUGAAUUAAACUAUUUAGAUUCAGCACGAAAUUUUGGUGGCCUAGAUUUGUAGUCUAGUACUUUAUUAGUAAAUCUGAUUGCAGUAGCUGGAUAGUGGACGAAAGAAGAGAAACCUCAGUGAGUUUUUUUUGUGUGUUCUUACAGUUCUUAUAGUGAAACUCGGCCUAGCGAGAGGAAUAACAGAAAUUAAUAGUCGAUCAUUCAAGGAAAAAUAAAGAUAAAUAUCAAAACGUUCCUUUAAUGCUGUCACUGAUAUGAGAUGCCCGGCUGAUCACAUGUUGAUAAGCCACCUCUGUUUACUCUUGAACAUGUAAACAUUCGAAUGAAAGAACUGCUCUGCUUCGAACGUGCAUCUUCUUUUGUUCGUAGCAAAAAAUAUAAGAAAAAUUACAAAACUAUAAACGAGAAUUAUAUAAAGUAUCAAAUAAUCUACCUUUACUUUAAAUGGGAACCUUAAAUGUUCAGAAUCCAUCUUAAAAAUCGCCAAAAUGUGAGGAUGUUUUGAAAAUCCUUUUGUAAACGAUACUAGUUUAGAUCACAGACCUCUCCCGUCUCUGCACAUGCGCACAAGUUAUUCAGCUCUGUCGUGAGGACGAACCACGGAAACUUAGCGUGGCACCAGGGGGGUACUCCCUAACAUGGCCUUUACGGGGAGACUACUCCCUAAUGGCUAGAGAUACCUUUUUCAGGCUCCAGAUGUAUGAAAGGGUAGGAAUUUCAGUUGUUAAAGUAUUUGAAAGGGUAGGGAAAUCUGUCACUUCGGUCGGUAAUAAAGGCCAAAAGAUGGUUUUUAUGGCUAUGAAAAAGUCGAGAACAUGUUAUGGUUUUGUGAUCUAUUCAUGUAAAAACGUUGCAUUCACAACAGUUAAAGGGAUGCAAAGCUCUAAUCUAUGUAUGUGAAAUGGGUGCCACUUGUCAAUAGAGGGUAUACGAAAGGGGUACCUUUUAUCUCGAAAAUUGUAUAUAAAAGGGUAAAGGGUUGGAAAAGGGGAAAAGAGCCUCCCUGUAAAAAACUUUGUUGAGUACCCCUCUCCCCGGGGUGUGAUACGAGUGAAAAAACUAAUGUCCGUUUUACUGAUAAGUGAUGUGAACACUGUAAUAUUCCUAUACCAGUGUAAACCCAAACGAAGAUAUGAUAACCGUGUGAGCAAACAGUGAGCAAAUUUGAGCAUGAAUUAAAAUACUUGCACGAGGAAACUCAAGCAUUACAGAUGGCUUGAAUUACUUCGAUGGUCUAACAUACUAAGACGGGUUGACACACUUCAGUUUCACAAAUGAGUCGGUGACAGUUAAAAAUGGCAGGUUAGGCCUGCUCUUGUUCAGAGACUGAGCAACUGCGGAAGAUGGUUUUUCAUACGCUCCAUGCACCAGAGUAAGAUUGAAUUAAACUAUUUAGAUUCAGCACGAAAUUUUGGUGGCCUAGAUUUGUAGUCUAGUACUUUAUUAGUAAACCUGAUUGCAAUAGCUGGAUAGUGGAAGAAAGAAGAGAAACCUCAGUGAAUUUUUUUUUGUGUUCUUACAGUUCUUAUAGUGAAACUCGGCCUAGCGAAACAAAGCGAGAGGAAUGACAGAAAUUAAUAGUCGAUCAUUCAAGGAAAAAUAAAGAUAAAUAUCAAAAUGUUCCUUUAAUGCUGUCACUGAUAUGAGAUGCCCGGCUGAUCACAUGUUGAUAAGCCACCUCUGUUUACGCUUGAACAUGUAAACAUUCGAAUGAAAGAACUGCUCUGCUUCGAACGUGCAUCUUCUUUUGUUCGUAGCAAAAAAUAUAAGAAAAAUUACAAAACUAUAAACGAGAAUUAAAUAAAGUAUCAAAUAAUCUACCUUUACUUUAAAUGGGAACCUUUAAUGUUCAGAAUCCAUCUUAAAAAAUCGCCAAAAUGUGAGGAUGUUUUGAAAAUCCUUUUGUAAACGAUACUAGUUUAGAUCAUAGACCUCUCCCGUCUCUGCACAUGCGCACAAGUUAUUCAGCUCUGUCGUGAGGACGAACCACGGAAACUUAGCGUGGCACCAAGGGGGUACUCCCUAACAUGGCCUUUACGGGGAGACUACUCCCUAAUGGCUAGAGAUACCUUUUUCAGGCUCCAGGUGUAUGAAAGGGUAGGAAUUUCAGUUGUUAAAGUAUUUGAAAGGGUAGGGAAAUCUGUCACUUCGGUCGGUAAUAAAGGCUAAAAGAUGGUUUUUUAUGGCUAUGAAAAAGUCGAGAACAUGUUAUGGUUUUGUGAUCUAUUCAUGUAAAAACGUUGCAUUCACAACAGUUAAAGGGAUGCAAAGCUCUAAUCUAGGUAUGUGAAAGGGGUGCCACUUGUCAAUAGAGGGUAUACGAAAGGGGUACCUUUUUUCUCGAAAAUUGUAUAUAAAAGGGUAAAGGGUUGGAAAUGGGAAAAGAGCCUUCCUGUAAAAAACUUUGUUGAGUACCCCUCUCCCCGGGGUGUGAUACGAGUGAAAAAACUAAUGUCCAUUUUACUGAUAAGUGAUGUGAACACUGUAAUAUUCCUAUACCAGUGUAAACCCAAACGAAGAUAUGAUAACCGUGUGAGCAAACAGUGAGCAAAUUUGAGCAUGAAUUAAAAUACUUGCACGAGGAAAGGUUUCUUAAGGUUUGCUCAUAGACAACGUUAGCGAGCUUAUAUUUUUUUUUACAUGAAGAAUCAUGAAGUAGGGAAAUAAUGUCAACAACCUACCGUAUCGUGUGCCAGAUAUAAUCAUGAAUGUGUGCGCAACAUGAGAGGCAUAAUCCACAGAAAGACCAACAGCAAUCAACAGCAAAAUAGUGCUCACCGUCUCAAUAGUCACACCCCAGAAGUGCAUAGUACCUGUGAUACUGACCUAUAAAAAAGUAUUGAAGUAAGCAACACAUGUAAAGUUGUGCGUCAGUUAGUUGACGGCUCCUUUACCAUCUAAGGACACAAGCCUUGCUGACCACACAGCUUUAACGCCUACACAGAUUGCCCACCUUUUAAACUUUGUUCUAAGGUCCACCUACUUCAGUAUGAUGGAGCAAUUUAUGAACAACAAGAUGCAUAUGGCGCAGCUAUGGGAAGCCCAGUCUUCGCAGUCAUACCAAACCUCUACUUGGAGGACUUUGAAGAACAAACCCUUCGCGAGACCUUCCCCAAUCCUUGCAACCACUCCCCCCUCCCCAGUAGGUUCACAUACAGCUGUUUUGGCAUCCCUUCUAGUGCGUCCAGCCUUCAGCAAGCUACCUGCUGA